AUGUGGAAAGGCGUUGCUCGAUGUAGAAGACUGGUUGUAUCGGAUCGACUCGCUCGAGACUCUCAAAUUGUUCAUCGUCUCCAAGCACAUGACAUCGAGCGAGGUGAAGAAAACGCGAAAUACUCAUCCGCUGAGAAAGCCUCGGAAUAUCGCGGCAAUUUGAUAAAUAUCGAACGGCGAAUAACUCCUUACAGAAAAGUCAACGAGGAAACCGAAUUCAAAAAGCUCUGGCAGCUGCAGAACUUGGCGAUUUUAAAGAAUUUUAACUUAAAAGUACCCAAAGACCAACAAAAGGUUGUAAGAGUAGCUGUCAUCGGCCGCGCUAAUUCCGGAAAAUCGACGCUGAUAAAUCGACUGAUUGGAAGGAAUGCGUGCCCAGUUGCGAAUCAAAACGAUUCAACGUACAGAACGAGUAUUCACUCUGUGCAAAAAGAAAACAUCAUUUACGAGUUUGUCGAUCUCCCAGGAGUUCCAGAUGUGAUUUCUCCAACGGGGGUUGGAGAGUACACCUUCAGAAGAAGGAAUAAAGAAGCUGCGGCGAAUAAUGAAUCCGGAAAUCGUUCCCUAUUUCAGCGAGACAACGCGAAUUUCGCCACAAACGACAUUUUCGUAAAAAAUUGUGAUGUCAUUCUCGUCUGCGCGGAUUUAACGAGUAGAAUGACGCUCGCCGGAAACUUGACUGUAAUGGUCUACAAGCUCCUGAAGAGAAAUCCUCACAUUCCAGCUAUGCUGGUGCUCACCAAGAGUGAUCGACUCAAGUACAGAACAAACUACAAGUUCCGAAAUAUGGAGAGAAAGAACGCAAGGCUGCUGAAACUCGUCGACAUUGUAGAUAAAGUGACUGAGGGGCAUUUAAAUGGGCAACUGACAGAGUCUGGCAGACACAAGUUCUUCAACAAGCCGGAAAAUGUGAUUCAAAUGAAGCCGACAACAGUUGAAAUCGAAGAAAGUGGCUUGGAACAACGUCGACCAAUGCGUUUUAGGAGAAUGUCGCAGGUUCGACAGGUAGAAUCAAUUCUUCGUCUCGCUAAUUCCUGGCGCUGGGACGAUCUUAAUCUUCACGAAAAGCGGCUUUAUCAACUUGGAAAUCGAGGCUGGCGAUAUUUCGAAUCGGUCUUUCCAGUGACGAUGGAAAUGCCACAAACGACGGAUGUUAUAUUUGAGAAACUUGCGGAGAAAGCACUUCCUCGUGAAUGGGACGUAAAUGAGAUCCUUGAUGGCCAGUUGGACCCGUUUGAACUCAUCGAGGAAAAUGUAUCUAUGGCUUGUUUGGGAAUGACGAAGCAGGGAAAGCACAAGUUCGCCGCUGUUACCGACAUCAACCACGUUGAAGUGAAUGGAAGCCCAUCAGAAGCGGAGAUUCGUCUCGAUCUCGAUCUUUCUCUCAAAACUGAUGCUGAGCGACUCCAUCUCAAGAAGAAUCUUAGAUCCACAGGGAAGGAUAUGCUUUACAUGGAAAAGACAUAUAGCAAAUAUAUGAUUCGCAUUCGAAACACGCUGGAGAAUAAAUUAAAAGCAGCAUUUGCGGUGAAGAAGGUCGACGUUAAUCUUAACUUUUUGACGAAAGAAUUGAAAAACGAGCCUAUUGUCAACAUCGCUCCAAAAAUGGAGCGGAUCCCCGAAGAAAUCCCCAACUACAGUGAGAGAGUUCCUGCUCCAUCCCCACAAGCUUCAUUCGAUACAUUCUUCGUCGAUAGCGAUGACUUCCACUUUAUGAAUGAUAAUGUAAAGCGAACAUAUUUAAAAGGCCUCUCGGUUCAACAAAAGAAAGCGGCGGGAAUUUUCGAAGCUGAGGAGAUGGAAAAGGCGAAGAAGAUCAAAGAAAAACACACAAGAAAAUAUGGCAGAGACGAUUCCCAUGAUCGCUUUGACAAUAGACCGAAGAUCUUCUUCGAAAUGUCCUGGUUCGGGCUCGGCGCGGGGCAGACUCAGGAUGAACCUGAUGGUGCGGAAAUAGUGAAGAAAUUAUCCGCUCGGGUUGCUUCCGCCACUUUGCUCGAUGACAGACGGGACUCAAUCCGCGCGCUCAAGUCGAUGUCGAAAAAGUUCCGCCGGGAAGUGACCGAGUUUGGCCUCGCCUCUAUUCUAGAGCUCAUCCGUGAAGAAAACGAUAGCGAGUGCAGAUCACUAGCUCUCGACGCCAUUUUGAUUCUGAUCGGCGCCGAUGACGAGGAAGACAUCCCUUGUCCAGUUGCGCGCGACACUGCUCUUCAUAUAAGCCAAAGUAAAGACCUGAUCAGUCUUUUUUUCAAUGUUAUUGAUGACGGCGAAACAAAAGCAAAACUCUCCGGUCUUCGACUUUUAACAGCACUCGCGAGGAACUACCCAGUCGAGGUUCAAAAUGUCAUCCAAGAAAGACCAGGUGGCUCGUCAAUGCUCGUUGAUGGCAUUGGAUCGGCUAACGAGCUGUUGAGAAACGAAUGCCUGUUGCUUCUCAUCGCCGUGGCUGAGAACAACCAGAUUUUGCAGAAGAUUAUUGCCUUUGAAAAUACUUUCGAGAUCGCGCUCAAUGUCGCUGGCGCGGAAGGCGGAAUAGAUGGCGGGCCGGUCUCAGAAGAUUGCUUCGCGCUGCUCCUCACUCUGCUCAAAGACAAUCAAUCAAACGUCACCUUCUUUCGCGAAACAGCGCUCAUCCCCCGCCUGAUUCCUUUCCUCGACGCAGUUAGCAGUGGGGAUGAAAACUGGACCGCUGGAAAAAUUAACUGUUGUCUCCUAUUUCUCGGUAUCAUCCGCAGUUUGGUUUCGACGACACUUCCUGGCAACAUCUCGCUUCCAAAUCAGAAGUCAAUCCGAAAGACGGGCCUCUUUGCCAAGCUCAUGAAUUUCAUCAUGGGCGUUUCUGUUCCCGAAGAGGUCCUUACUGAGGUUAUUCUUACAGUCUCCGAAUGCGCAAGACGAUACAACGAAGCACAGACCGAUCUGGCGGCGCUAGUUGCACCACCACCGAAAAACCUUCCAGCACUCGUUGUUCUUCUAAAAUCGAUGGUCAAUUCCAAGCAGCCGCUUUCCCUUCGACUGGGCGUACUCUAUUGCACAUGUUCUCUUUUGAUUAAAAACCCGCAGUGCCAGAAAGCGACGAUUGACUCUCUCUUGCCGUCUGAAAAUCCAUCUAGCUUUACUGCGGGAGUCAUCAUUUCUGGUGGUUUGUUUAAAGCUGAUCCGCUAACAUGUUGGCUCUCAGCCGCAGCCAUGGCUGAAGCGGUUUUCGAUUGUCCAGAACAACAAGCUGCUCUUUCGCGGGUCCAGUUAUCAAGUCAGGCUGGUACUGCGAGCUUGUCUUCAUUUUUAACCGGAUCGCUCGCGCACAGUCAAUCUCCACACGCACGGCUCGGUAUUCUCCAGUUGAUUGCUGUUUGGUGUGCCGGUUGCCAGGAAGCAGCGAAAAGAUUCAUCGACGAGGGAAAUCUUGUGUCUACUCUUCAACUGAUGCUCGAUGGAUCUCCUUCUGACUCGAUUAUGCUUCUCAUCCAGGGUGUAGCUGCACUAGUCAUGGGUUUGCUUGCUAUAAACGACAAUUCCGAUCAAGUUGUCACUUCUCUCAGAAAGAGACCAGGCCCAGAUCAAUUCCUAGACGCACUCGCCGGAGUCGCCAAGAGUCCAAGUUACGCGUCUGCGGCUGGCAACGCCUGUCCCAGUGCAAGUGACCCAGAAGAAUUGCUCAUUUUCAACUCCUUCACAAGAAUUUAUCGACAAUACGAAGCCAAAGUCGGCCGAUACGUCGCAAAUUUCGAAGAAGUUCAGGCAGAAAUGGCUGUGAAGCACGCAAAUGAAGAGAAAAUAAAAGUCCUGGAAUCGCAACUCGCUGAAUUACAACAGAACUCGGCUGCUUUUCAAAAUGCCGAGGCCAUGUUGAAACAAAUGAGCGAGGAGAAUGAGCAGCUCAAGCGAGAUCUCGCCAAUCGCCCGAAAAUAGAUCUCCCCGAGGGGCUUUCUGAGGAUGAAAUCCGACAAAGACUUAGUGAAGAGCUCCGUCCUGAAGUUGAAAGUGAAGUGAGAGCUUCUCUCGCUGAAGAUCUUUCCGCUGGGGUCAAAGACGAACUACGAGAAACAUUGGCUUCGGAAAUAAGGAAAGAGCUGGAGGAGACUGUCCUAGAAGCGUUGGAAGAAGAACUCCGCGCCAAAGUCGAAUUGGAACUUGCUGGUCCUGAAGCUGCCCAGAAGGAUGCGCGACUAGCCGAGCUAGAGCAAGACUUGAACGAGUCUACCGAGCAAUCGAGCUCUCUCCUUGAGCAGUUGAACGAAAUGACGGCUCAAUUUACUUCCCAGAAAAAGGAGCUCGACGAGCUGGCAGCUAAGCACUCGGCAUUAGAAAAAUCGACUUCGAAUGUUGCUCAACAUCAUGAAAAUCAACUCCUGCAAUUGCAAAAGCUUCUUCAGACGGCGACAACUGAAAUUCAAGCGCGCGAUGCGAAAAUCCAAGAGCUUAUUUCUUCUCCGAACGCCGGAAACAGCCAAGAAAUCGCCAGACUCAAUCAAGAGAUGGUCAAGCUGGAGAACACGGCUAAGAUAGCGAUUGGCGAUAAACAGGCAAUGAUCAACAGACUUGAAGCAAAGAUUAGCCAGCUUGAAUCCGCUAUCCCGAUGACUCCCGUUCUUCCGGAAGGCCACGAUUCUCCCCAAGAUUCGUCGCAACUUGAUCAACUAAAGAAAACAAUCGAAGAGCUAGAAGCUAAGGCCGAAGAAAGACAACUUCACAUAGAAAAAGUCGAGUCUGAAAAUCAGCAACUGUCUGGACAGAAUUCAGAAAGCUUCGAGAAAAUAAGCUCGAUAGAAAGCUUGAUGAGUGAGCGGGAAAACACGGCGCAGAUGGAGAUCGAGUCCAAGAACAAAGAAAUUGAACGUCUCUCAUCGCUAGUCAGUGCUCUUGAAUCAACUGCAGCUGAAAAGUUGGAGCCCGAGGUCGGCGACAAUGGUGAAAUGGAGUUGUUGCUCGAAAAGCUUGCGCUUCUCGAAACAACUUCGAAACAGGAAUUGGCGGAAAAGACAGCUAAGAUCGACGCAGCAGAAAACGACAGAAAAGUUCAAGUUUCUCAGCUGCAGCAGUUAUUGGAAAAAUCAGAAGUUGAACGAGAAAAUCUUGAAUCUCGCUUUACGGAGUUAGAAAAAGAUCAUUCUAAGCUGGGCGAGCUCACGAGUGAAAACUCAAAGUUGAAACUCGAACUCGAAAACAGUAAAAAAGAGAUAAAAGCUCUAAAAUCUCAGCCUCAAAAGUCAGAAGGCGUUUCCAGCAGCGAGACCGAGGCAGAACUAGAAGAGCUCAAAAAGGACCAAGAAGACCUGCUCGAAUUGCUUUCGGACCAACAGCUGAAGAUCUCUGACUACCGCAGCCGGCUAAAAGAGGCCAAUCAACCUGUGACAGACGACGAAGACAUCGAACUGGAGUAA